ACUUGUUAAAAAACAAAAAAAGCAUACUCUUAUAAUUAUUUAUAAGUCUCUAUCCUCUUGCUCUAAUCUAAGAUAUUAAGUACUAACAAUAAAAAUUUCAGAAUGUGUUUUAUCAGAUCAAGAAAUUUAUAAUUCAUUAUUCAAAUAUGACUAUAUUUUGACAGGGUUAAAUUUUUGAGAAUCUUUUUUUUUUAAUUUUCAAUUUUUGUUUUAAUGAUUGUCUCUUUUGAAGAGAGUCUCUUCUGAUUUUUUGAGAAUGCAAAAUGAAGUUGGGCAGUUUUAGUGGAACUAAUAUGAAUAGUAUUCUUUUUUGUGUCAUGUUGAAUUGUAAAAGUUCUCAGAAAAUUUUAAUAUCAUUUGACGAUUGGAAUCAAAAUAAGAAACACGGAAUGCAGUUUGUUGAAUGCAAUGAAUUGUACGAGAACUUCAUCGAUUGGAUCGCGAAAUAAUCUACGCUUGACGAAACUGCGAAUGCGAAUGGUUUAUGAAACGAAGAGACAUCGGCAAUGUGGAUCCUUUGUAUGCUGAUUGGACUUUUCCAACUUAUAAUUUUAUUGAUGUUAUCUGGGAUCUUGCUUUCCGUUGCUGCUGUUUCACGUUUGAUGGAAAUAACGAUUAUCUUAAUAUAUCCCACAGCUGUAUUUUUAUUACGGCAAGCUGCAAAUUUAAUCAUCUUAAUUUUGAAUACCUGGUCUUGUACAGCUUCUAACAAUCCUGACGGCAAGAAUGACAUCCUCAGCGUUUCACAAACUAUGCACUCUUGUUAAAUGCAAUAAUCAGCAACAGGAAACGAUUUCUCAACAACCAUCGCCAAGAGUUGCUGAGCUUCAGCUCGACAUGGAAACUCCUUUUGUGCCGUACACAAGUAAAAUCCUUGAAGAAAUACCGCAGGAUACUCUAUCUUUAAAAGAUGUAUCAUCAACAGACAAGGGUAUUAUCGAACCUGCACAGGAUCAAUUACAGGACAAUAUCUUAAUGGAAGAAUCAACCUCGCAACGCAAGGACUCUAAUACCGCUUGAUUGCUAAUAAAAAGAAAGGAUUAUUGAUAAUUAGAAAAAGAAUUAUUUGUAUAAAAUAAUUAUUUUAUUUAUACAAACAAUUUAUAUAAACAUGAAAUAUAUUUUAUUACGAAAUAUACUGUAUGACAAUCUUGAAAAAUCAAAGUUUUCUAUGUAUUUAUGAAAACAAGACGAAAAAUUUUUAUAGAACUAUUUUAAUAAACACACUGUAUAUACAAAUAGUAGUAGAGAUGGCGAAGUAGUCAGUUUAUUGCCACAUUAAUGUAAUCAAUUGAAAUUGCACCAUAUUUGUAACAAACUUAUUUUUGUUAUGCUAAUUACACAUUUGGCAAAAAUUAUGUUGUACUUCAAUAUGUAGAGUUUUAUUAUACACGUUUUAUUAUAUAGCGAUUUUUUAUUUAAAUUAAAUUAAAAUUAUUGUUUCUAUAAAAAUUUAUCGAGGAAAUGGAUGUGAGUUCUUAUUGAAUGUUUUCAACUACAUUUGUUAGAAUAAUUGUGAUACUAAACAUUUUAUAACAAUAUAGUUUGAAGCUAUACUGGUUGAUUUGGGUGAUAAAAUUCCUUGCUUGCAACACAUUCUUCGUCCAGAAUAUGCUCCCUAUUUAACUACAGCUGUAACAGUAUUGAUAGGAUGGCUGCUUGUGUCUUGGAUAUUUUAUGAUACAUUUUUAAAAUAAUAACAUGAAUUUGUCUGUGAAUAUCAAAUGAUACGUUACGAAAAAUGACUCUCAAUCUUAAUCUCGAUCCUAGUAAUUCUAAAAUUUUGAAGCAUACGAUCAGGAAACAAAUCGCGUGUGUAAAUAUGUCUCAUGGUGAAACGGAAUGGUACAGGAAGUAAACUAUAUGAUACAUGAAAAUUACAAAAAUGGGAAUACAGAAUUCAAAACGGCAGGAUGCAGAUGACGACAUAAUAUCGCAAAAAUCUUUGGAUGUGGUGAAAGUGCUCAUACAUUUUUUAAAAGAGCAUGCUAGGGUGGAAGGACUAUUUCGACGAGCAGGACGUCGUGAGGUCCGACGGCAUAUCUUGAAUUCUUUGAAGAAAGGUCAUAAACCGCAUUUUGAAGAUUCGAAUAACGCAGCUUUGGAAUGCGCGGCGGCUUUGCAAAUUUUUCUUAGCCGUCUAAAAAAACCGAUCAUGCCACAGCAUGUUCAAGAAUUAAUUCUUGCUGACAAUCCAGGUGUAGAAGCCCAAGUUAUUGCGCAAGAUGCCUUAGGACUUAUUAGACAAGAUGUCGGUGGUCGUCAUGGCGAGCUUCUGACUCAUGUCUUGGAUCUUAUAAGGCAUUUAACUCUGUCAGGACCUCCAUCUGAAUGUUCCGAAUUGCGCGGAUCUCCAUUACCUGUUGCGCUUUUACCAGUGUUUUUUAAUUUAUCCCCUGAUGACUUGAUAAGAUGGAAACAAGUGGCAGCCAGAUUCAACGAAUUAAUUACGGAAGCCGCUGCGCAACUCCGUCGCGAUGAACAACAUGGCAUUCAUACAGAAACUAUAAAUUCCACGACGAGUUACACUGAUACAAUUUCGACCUCACCAGAGGAGUCUGAAGAAUUAACGAGAUGGCAAGAAUUUUCGUUAUUGUACCCUAUCGUGCGACUUAGAGACCAUUAUAAUAUUUGUCAUGUUGGUGAAAUAGCACGUGUUCUUAUUACACCGUUACAACGUCCAGUUGUUGGCAGGUUACAUCCGGCAAUUGCUAAUUCCAAUUAAAAAUUUGAUUUAAUCGAA